CCAUGACGACCAAGUCGGUCGGCUGGUGGUCCCCCAGCGAGAGGAUGAAGCUCAAGAGCCUCCUGCUCCGGUAUUACCCGCCAGGAAUUAUGUUGGAAUAUGAGAAAAGUGGACAAUUAAAGACCAAAUCCAUAGAUCUGCUCGAUCUCCAUACCAGUACAGAUGUCAGUGCCUUAGUAGAAGAGAUACAGAAAGCAGAACCUCUAAUCACAGCUUCACGAGCAGACCAGGUCAAACUUUUAAUACAGAGGUUACAAAAUAAACUCGGACAGUACAGCAACCACAAAUUCUAUCUUUUUAAGGUUCUCAGAGCACAUAUACUGCCACUGACCAACGUUGCACUUAAUAAAUCAGGCUCAUGCUUUAUCACAGGAAGCUAUGAUCGGACAUGCAAACUCUGGGACACUGCCUCUGGAGAGGAACUUCACACCCUGGAGGGUCACAGGAAUGUGGUUUAUGCCAUAGCAUUCAACAAUCCUUAUGGUGACAAAAUUGCCACUGGGUCCUUUGAUAAGACUUGUAAACUAUGGAGUGUAGAAACCGGAAACUGUUACCAUACCUUUAGGGGUCAUACAGCAGAAAUAGUGUGUUUAUCGUUUAAUCCUCAAAGCACAUUGGUGGCUACUGGAAGUAUGGACACAACGGCCAAACUGUGGGACAUUCAGAAUGGAGAGGAAGUGUUCACUCUCACAGGACACUCAGCUGAAAUCAUCUCUUUGUCCUUUAACACCUCAGGAAACAGAAUCAUCACGGGGUCUUUCGAUCAUACAGUUACAGUGUGGGAUGCUGAUACUGGAAGGAAGGUGUAUACCUUAAUUGGGCAUUGUGCUGAGAUCAGCAGUGCCUUAUUCAACUGGGAUUGCUCUCUGAUAUUAACUGGCUCUAUGGACAAAACCUGCAUGCUGUGGGAUGCUACAAAUGGAAAAUGUGUGGCAACAUUAACAGGCCAUGAUGAUGAAAUACUAGACAGCUGUUUUGAUUACACAGGAAAGCUUAUUGCAACUGCUUCGGCCGAUGGAACAGCAAGAGUUUUCAGUGCAGCCACAAGAAAAUGCAUUGCCAAAUUGGAAGGCCAUGAAGGUGAAAUUUCAAAGAUUUCUUUCAACCCCCAAGGUAACCGUCUUCUCACUGGCAGCUCUGACAAAACAGCUAGAAUCUGGGAUGCUCACACUGGUCAGUGCUUCCAGGUUCUUGAGGGACACACGGAUGAAAUCUUUUCAUGUGCUUUCAACUAUAAAGGUGACAUAAUCAUUACAGGUAGCAAGGAUAAUACCUGUAGGAUAUGGCGCUGAUUGAAGAAAGCCAGUCCAUGAGGAAACUUGCCACUUGGCAUCACAGCCAGCCAGCAAGCUAUUGUGACAUUUCAUGUUUUCUCUUUGUCCACAAGUCAACCUUUUAUACACUGUCGUUAGCUUCACAGAUAUGACCAUUAAAGCUGAUGGACUUAUAUCAUUCCUUGAUAUUAUUUGAUAGAGAUGACAGGAACAAGCAUACUGUUUGGCAAAUGUCACUGGUUAUUUCAAUUUUCUUU